UGAGUCGCGGCGCCGACGCUAGUACAGGCGUUUCGGCUGUUGCUGCCGCGCGUGCGCGUCCGCCGACGACUCCCCCACCCCAUCCGCCGCCGCCGCCGCAAUCCGAAUCCCGCAGGGGAAGGAAAUGCAGCGCGUCGUCGUCAUGCGCCACGGCGAUCGCCUCGACCAGGCCGAGCCCAUCUGGCUCGCCAACAAGCCGCGCCCCUGGGACCCGCCGCUCACCGACGCCGGCCUCCUCCGCGCCUGGACCGUCGGCAAGCGCAUCAGGGCCGCGGCCGCCGCCGACGGGUGGGCCGUCCACCGGGUCCUCGUCUCCCCGUUCCUGCGAUGCCGGCAGACCGCCGCGCGGGCAGUCGCCGCGCUAUGCGCCGUCCCCGACGACGCCGCGCUGCUCGCCAUCGAGGACGCGGCCAAUGUGCCCCUCGACACCUCACGCCUCAAGGUGUCUAUUGAGUAUGGAUUGUCUGAGAUGAUGAAUACUCAAGCAAUGGGCGGUAUUGUUGGCAAGGUGGCUCCCGGCGUCAGCAAGUGGUUUCCCGACUUGCCAGAGCUUGAGGCCAUCUUCCCGGCCGGAACCAUUGACCACUCUGCAGAGCCAAUCUACCCGGGGGUACCAAAAUGGGAAGAGUCCAUCUUGGAGGCAAGAAGCAGAUAUGCAAGCGUCAUCAAGGCUCUGGCUGACAAGUAUCCUCAUGAAAACCUACUCUUAGUGACACACGGUGAGGGUGUCGGGGCAUCUAUCUCCUACUUUGAGAUGGGGUUGGAGAUCUACGAUGUGGAGUACUGCGCCUACUCUGUCCUGGAGAGGCAGGUGUGUAAGAAGCCUGGUGACGAGCAAGGGGGCUUCACCGCGGACAGCUUCAAGGUCCUGACCAGGAGUGGCACCACAGGCAUACAGUAUGCCCCGGUGUCAGAGAGCUGGUUUGUUGGUUGAGCAGGAUUGGAGCUGACAUUCUGUUCCGGGCUUAGUAUGCAUGAUGAUUCUGACCUAGGCUUGUUCCUUCUUGUUCCGUCCAGCAGCAAUUCAGGGAAUAAAUAAUACUUACACACAACGUACUGGUAGGUUUUUGUUAAGUAAUAAGUGGAGCACAUUCAACUGUGAAUACAUAUAUCAUUUCCUUGGCUUGGUGUGGAAUCUAUGGUAGCUCAAAGUGUCCUCUCUUCUAGAUGGAGAGGGAGAGGGAAAGGAGUGGUGCCAUAUCCGAUUGCCCAUGCAUGGCAACCGCUUUUCUUUUUCAUCUUUAGUUUUUUGUGAUGUGAUUGCUCUAUGGCACCGAAGAAAACGAAAUCCUCUGAAUCUU